ACUGGUUGUAAUGUCAAUAUUAUAUGAAUCAUCAAUAUUUUUUAUUUUUUCUUUAGAAAAUGAUAAGUUUCAAUACUUCAUUAGAAAUAAAUAAUGUCUGAUAUUAAUUUAAAUAACUACAACAGUGAUACAGAGAGCUCAGAAGAUGAAAUAGAACCAAAAUUAAAAUAUGUGAGGCUGUCUAAUGAUGUACAAAACAUAUUAUUGGCCUCCUCGGCAACAUAUAUAGCAGUACACCCAAAAUUUAUUUGUUUGGGAUCACAUUGGGGUGUGAUCCAUAUCUUAGAUCACCAAGGUAACAGUAUACAGGGAAAGGAAUUGAAGGCACAUACAGUUAGUGUUAAUCAGAUAUCUAUAGAUUCCAAUGGAGAGUUUGUUGCAACUUGUUCAGAUGAUGGCAAAGUAUUCAUCCAUAGUUUAUUCUCAAAGGAGAAUGAUGUUCAACUCAAUCUUGGAAGGCUCUUGAAAACAGUGGCUCUAGAUCCUCUUUAUUUUAAGUUUGGAAUUAAUAAGAGGUUUAUUACAGGAGAUGACAAGCUGACUCUCUAUGAACGCACAUUUCUUGGCAACCUUAAGUCUACAGUACUAUGUGAAAGUGAAGGACUUGUUAGAAGCCUUUGUUGGGGUGAGAACUUUUUGGCUUGGUCUAGUAAUAUUGGUGUGAGGGUCUAUGACAUGAAUGCUAGAUGUUCUUUAGGACUCAUCAAAUGGGAAGAACAUCCAGGAAUUUCAAUAGACAAGUUUAGGUGCAAUCUGAGGUGGGCUGAUAGUAGAACACUGUUAAUUGGCUGGGUAGAUACAGUAAGGGUGUGUGUGAUAAGAAAAAGAAGCAAUAUAGAAUUGGCAAAUAGAGAUUUACCAGAAUAUUUAGUUGAUCCAGUAUCCACUUUUCAAACAGAAUUUUAUAUAAGUGGAAUCGCACCUUUAGACCAACAACUGGUUUUAUUGGGUUUUCCUAAAGAAUUAGAUGAAAAUCAAAAGAGCUUACGUCCUCAAUUAUACAUAGUUGAGUAUAGAGACAAUGACUAUACCGACAUCUGUACAGACAGCUUAUCAUUAAGGGGCUACGAAGAGUACAGUGUCAAUGAUUAUCAUCUGGAUGUACUUUUGGAAGAAAACAGAUUUUUCAUUGUAGCACCUAAAGAUGUAGUAGUAGCAAGUCCUUAUGAUUUAGAUGAUCGGAUCCAGUGGUUUAUUCAGCACAAUAAGUUUGAUGAUGCUCUAGAUAUUUUAAUGCAGAACUCUAGAAAUAUAUACAGGCAUACCGUCCAAUCUGUAGGAAUAGAUUAUUUGGAUCAUUUGCUCAGCAGGGGGAUGUAUGAUAAUGCAGGUAGAUUGGGAUUAAGAAUAUUUGGAAAGAAUCCAGCUUUAUGGGAGGAUCAAAUCUACAAAUUUGCCAGUGUACAUCAGCUGAGGUCCGUCAGUCCUUACAUUCCUCGUAGUAUUGAAUCAAAACUGAAUCCUCAUAUUUACGAAAUGAUCUUAUAUGAGUACCUGAAACUAGAUGCCCAUGGUUUCUUAAAUUUAGUAAAAGAGUGGGAUUCUGGUCUUUAUAAUAUCGCAGCUGUGAUUAAUGCCGUUUUGGAGCAUUUGCUUAACUGCGAGAUAGACAAAAACCUAUAUUUAGAAGCUUUAGCCAUCCUCUACAGCUACGAGAAGAAAUAUGACAAGAGUUUAUCUAUGUACCUUAAGUUAAAACAUAAAGAUGUUUUUGUAUUGAUUCAAAAACAUAAUCUCUAUAGUGUGAUUCAAGAUAUGUUGCUAGAUCUGAUGGACUUAGAUCAUAAGAAAACUAUUGAUCUUCUGUUACAAAAAAAUACUAUAUCUUCAGACAAGAUAGUGGAGAAAUUAAAGGAAAACCCGCUACAUCUUUAUAGGUAUUUAGAUGAAUACGAUAAGAAAAAUCCUAAAGGAAAAUAUCACAAAGAGCUGGUUCAGUUAUAUGCCGUAUUUGCUAAAGAUAAAUUGUUAUCCUUUUUAAAAAAAUCUGAUCAUUAUCCGAUUCAAGAAGCUUUGGAUAUUUGCCAAAAGGAGAAAUAUUAUCCCGAAAUGGUAUACUUACUAGGAAGGAUAGGUGAUACAAAAGAAGCAUUAGCAUUAAUAGUAAAUGAACUAAAGGAUAUGCAACAUGCUGUUGCUUUUUGUCAAGAACAUGAUGAUUCUGAUUUGUGGGAAGAUCUUAUCGAUAGAUGUGUUAAUGAACCAGAAUUUGUGACAUUUUUAUUGCAAAGUAUUGGGUCAUACGUGGAUCCAACAAUGCUGAUUUUAAAAAUUAAGAAAGACACCAAAAUUCCAGGCCUUAAGAAUUCCUUGGUUAAAAUGUUAAACCAAUAUAAUUUACAGGUUUCUGUACAAGAAGGCUGUAAGAAAAUUUUAGUUUCUGAUUAUUUUAAUCUACAAAAGAAACUUGUAAAAGUUCAUCAGAGAGGUCUAGCUGUGAUGGAGGAUUUGGUUUGUGCGUGCUGUACUAGAAAAAUAGUUGAGAGAGAUCCAUCUCGAGCUGUAGAUAUUGCUGUUUAUAAUUGCAAGCAUACUUUUCAUUUGCAAUGUAUACCUGAAAAUAUGAGUAAAUGUGGAAUUUGUUAUACAACAGAGCAAAAGUAAUAAAAUGUAUGAAAAUUCCUGUCAACCCAAGCCGUUAUACGGGAGCCGCCGUUGAAUCCUGAGUUGAACUGUGACGAAACAUGCACCGUAAACUUUGUAGCGUUUGCCAUCAUUUCCUCUUUCAAGGACUUUUCGUAUUCGAUGAGAGUUUUUCGCAACUGCUCUUCUACUUCGUCCAGCUCGACGAGCUUUGUGCCAGGUUUUUUAAUCAAUGGUCCAGCAACUAAAACCAUUUCAAACUUAUAUAGAUCGACCGUUUGUUUGCCUAUAUUGAGUUAAAAGUUGUGUGUAGGUAGUAGAAAACAUAAUUUUUACACCAAGAGAAAUAAUGGAAUAUUUUAACAUUUAAAAAGGAUAUAUAAAAUUGACAAAUACAAAUUGGCAAAAUAUUUUAAAUUCAGAGCAUAAAAAUAUAUGGCAAAAUAUUUUAAUUUCAGAGCAUAAAAAUAUAACUUUAUUUAUUAUAAACUAGUAAUGAUAAAACUUUAUUAAUAUAUAAAGUAGCUAACGUGUUACCAAAUUUCAAUUUAAUCGUUUUAUAAUGAAAUUUUAGUGGGGUAAUAUUCACAAUUAUAAAUUCAAAAUUUUGUAUGUAAGCGCUUUUAGAUGAGGCUAAAUAAAGCAAAAGAAAAAAUUGGCAAUAGAGAAAUUGUAUAAUUUUUUACUAUAUUUUUUUCGAAUUAUAAAAAAACUUAAAAAUUUUUCGACACUUAAAAAAUUAACAUUCCCAAUACAGUUUAUUUUUUUUUUAAGCUAGUAUUAUUAUUUUAACCUAGUUAUUAUUUUUUAAACUAGUAUCUCAUUUUAUUUUUAAUGUGAAAUUUUGUUGUCAUGUUAUGGUUACCUACUGGGUAACACGUGUGAAACUAAUGUGCGAAAAGUUUUAAACUCUGACAACAACAAACCAACCAAGUGGAAGAUGUCUAGUAUAACUUAAAAUUUGUCUAAUAGAACUUAAAACUUUGUAAGCUUUGUAAAGUGAAAGAUGGCAGUGUGUGACCGAAGCCUAAAUCUCGAUAAUGUACGAUUUUUUCUAUCUCUUGUAGCAACUAAAUGGUCAUGUUUUCUAUAUGUAGCCUGUUCUCCAUCACUUCCGUGCCGUAUAUUGGCUUUGCCAGUUUUUUGAAAACGAUUUCCGACUAAUCACAUUCUGGGAAACGUUGAACAGUCAGAUCACUUCUUGCUGAGUGCAAUUACUAUGUUGCAAAAAGUCACUAUGAUGAUAGUUUUCGGGAGGAAACCUUCAUAGUGGCGUAAUACAGCACUAGACACUAGAAAAUCAAUCUCAUUGAUAUGGAAAGUCGCUUGUUAGAACUAAAUCAAACGGUUAAAAUUUGUACUUUAGUUACAGCGUUUUUAUAAAAACAAUGUUUAAUAUUUUUUACAAAUAUUCGAAUAAAACCUUAUUUUUACUUGCAAUCAAUAUAUAAGACGAAACAUAAAGAAUAAUCAAAAUAUGUUUUAACUUUUUGUAACUUUACAAUUUACAUACAUUAUUGUACAUUUUUCCGCACUUUUAGUAUAUAAAAUAAUCUUG